AUGCAUUGUUAUUCAUGCAAAUUACGACAACGUACUGGUAGCAGGAAAACUAGCGAAGAUAGUUUUGAUAUUCAGAUCGAAACCACUGAAAAAGAAACAAUUGAUUUAACAAUCGCAACGGAUCUAUUGAGAACAGUAAUUUCAAAAAUCGUUAUAAUAAUGGAUGAUAUAGUACAAGAUGAUCUAGUAUUGGAUAAUCUGAUGACAAAGAAAUAUCGAUUAACGUAUAAACGUACUUCUGGUAUGGUGCUGGAAAUAAAAGAAUAG